AUGACAACGAUGUUCGUCCGACUGCGCCAUGUGAUGUGCUUGUUGGUUGUUCUCCAGUGCUUGUCUGUAUUGGUUCUCGCUCAGGGGGAAACGGGAGUUGCAACAGAGGAUGCAAACAAUAAUAUUGGGGUGGCCGUGUUGAACAAAAAAAAGGCGUGGGAGACGUAUUUGGAUAUACCAAACUUCACCAAGGAGGAUCUCGAGGGUGACGAUUUUUUGGGGAAACCUGGAAACAAGGAGUUGAGGAAUACAGUGUGGAAUGCGUUGGUGGCCGUUAGGGAAUCCGAGGUUCAUUUUAAGAAUGGAACGGCCUGUAUGACCGAGUGGAAAAAGGUGGUUGAAGCAAAUGAGAAGACGGUAAGGGAUGCCGAGGACGCCACCAAAAAAAUUGAGGGUCUUACCAAAAGUAUUGGCGAGGUUGCGGAUCGGGAUGUCGUCGAUGAAAGCGGGAGAAAAAUACCAUUAAGGCUGAAGAAUACCUGCGAAAAAAAGAAGUUCGAAGAUCUGCUUCAGGAAAUACCAAAAGUACUGGGAGAGACAAAAGAGAAGGCGCCAACAGCAGAGGCGGUAUUUAACAUUGCCGAUGCGAAUCAAACGGAGGUCCUUUGUAAGGCCACGCGUUCUAAUGUGGACGAUGUUUUGAGGAAUCUUGAACAGAAGAUCGGUGGUAUUGCUACUUUUGUGGGAGAUUAUGAAAGGAGUGAUAAAGCAAUGCUGGUGAAGAGGGCGGCCGAGGGAAUUAACGCCACAUUGCGAAAUGUCACGGCACUAAUUGACAAUGUGACAGUUCAGGACAGAUUUGCAGUGAGUAAGGCCAAUGCACAGGUAGAGGAAUGGAGGAUGGCGUACGCAGAGCUUGCGUUUCUGGCGGAGUUGGGAAAUGCGGAUACGUCAGAGACCAAAGGGACAUGUGAAGUGAAGGGAAAAGAGCCACAGUUUGGGGAAAUACGGAAGCUUCUCCAGACACCAAAAAAGGAAAUGGAUGACGCCGUGAAAAAAGUGGAGGCAGUAGGGGAGGACAAAAAGAAGAAGUACGCUGCUGAGGUCAACAAGAGGGUGACGGAGGCAAUCAAAAAUAUGACCACGGGUAUGGAGAGGGAAAAGGAGAGGAUUGCCCGAGAAAAGGCUCGAAGAGAGGAAGGGGCAAGAAGGGCUGCGGAAGAGGCCAGACGGAAGAGGGAAGAAGAAGAAAGAGCGAGAAAGGAAACGGUACAGAGGGCCAAGGAAAAUGAAGCUAGAGAGGCAGAAAAGAUGGCCAGGGAAAAGGAAGCGAGAGAGGCAGAAAAGAAGGCCAGGGAAAAAGAGGUGAGAGAGGCAGCAGAAAAGAUCAGGGAGGAAGAAGCGAAACGGGCAGCAGAAAAGGCCAAGAAAAAGAAGGACGGUAGCAGCAGUCCUGCAUUGGUGCACAGUUCCUUGAUUCUUCUUGUUCUGUCUGUGUUGGGUUGCACUCUCGUUUGCUAA